GAAAAUAAAAUAAAAAGAAUAAAUAAAUAAAAUAUUAUAAAUAUCUAACUAGGUUAUACAGCCACAACUAAAACUAGUAAGUGGGCGAGUGUGAAGUUCACUGAAAAAAAAAACAGCUUUUUUAAUAGCAGAUAGCCUCACUUUCUCGUUUAACACCACAACUUUCAUCGCCGCCGUCAAUGGAGUCUCUCAUCCUGAAGCUCCACGAAAUCUCAGCCGUUAAAUUCGGCAACUUCAAGCUCAAGUCAGGUAUCUACUCCCCUAUUUACAUAGACCUCCGCCUCAUCGUCUCCUACCCUUCUCUUCUCCGCCAAAUCUCCCAAACCCUAAUCUCCUCAAUCCCCUCCGCCACCCGCUUCGACCUCGUCUGCGGCGUACCCUACACCGCCCUCCCCAUCGCCACCUGCGUCUCCGUCUCCAAUGACAUCCCCAUGCUCAUGCGCCGCAAGGAGGUCAAGGACUACGGCACCGCCAAGGCCAUCGAGGGCCACUUCCAGGCCGACCAAAUCUGCCUCAUCAUCGAGGACCUCGUCACCAGCGGCGCCUCCGUUCUCGAGACCGCUGCACCGCUCCGAGCUGCCGGGCUUAGCGUCACCGACGCCGUCGUUUUGAUCGAUCGGGAGCAGGGAGGGAGGGAGAAUCUUGAGCAGAGCGGGAUUCGAUUGCACGCGAUGAUUAAACUGACUGAGAUGGUUCGGGUUCUGAGAGAGAAUGGGAAGCUCGGGGAGGAUAUGGAGGGUGUGGUUCUCAAGUUUUUGGAGGAGAAUCGGAAUGUGGCAGUGCCGAAAGUGGAGAAGCCGGUUAGGGUUAAGGAUUUGGGAUUCGAGGAGAGGGCCAAACUGGCGAAGAAUCCUACCGGGAAAAGGCUGUUUCAGGUCAUGGCGGAGAAGAAGAGCAAUUUGUGUUUGGCCGCCGAUGUGGGUACGGCCGCUGAGUUGCUCGAUAUUGCUGAAAAGGUUGGGCCUGAGAUUUGCCUAUUGAAAACCCAUGUGGAUAUACUGCCUGAUUUCACCCCAGAUUUCGGAUCAAAAAUUCGCUCGAUUGCAGAAAAACAUAAUUUCUUAAUCUUCGAAGAUCGUAAAUUCGCAGACAUUGGCAACACAGUGACAAUGCAGUAUGAAGGUGGUAUCUUCCACAUAUUGGAUUGGGCAGAUAUUACAAAUGCCCACAUAAUCUCUGGUCCUGGGAUAGUAGAUGGACUGAAAUUGAAGGGUUUGCCUCGUGGUAGGGGUCUGUUGCUUCUUGCUGAAAUGAGCUCAGCUGGUAACCUUGCCAAGGGAGACUACACAGCAGCAGCAGUGAAGAUUGCAGAGGAGCAUUCAGACUUUGUGAUCGGAUUCAUUUCGGUAAAUCCAGCAUCAUGGCCUGGUGCACCGAUAAAUCCGGUGUUUAUUCAGGCAACCCCAGGAGUCCAGAUGGUGAAAGGUGGCGAUGAUCUUGGACAGCAAUAUAACACUCCUCGCUCUGUAAUUUAUGAUAGAGGUAGUGACAUAAUAAUAGUGGGGCGUGGAAUUAUAAAGGCGGCAAACCCUGCUGAGGCAGCUCGUGAGUAUCGUCUCCAAGGAUGGGAUGCAUACUUGAAUAAAUGCAGUUGAAGAAGACGAGUUUACUUUUGACUUGACUUGAGAAUGUGAUUGUGAUUUAGGCGGCCUAAUGCCCCAUCCUUCUGAGGUUUGAGUGCUUAAUUUUCUUCUGAUAACUUGGAACAGUCUCUGGUAUUGAAAAAGCUUCUUCCUUAAUAAUAAUGUCUUGAGUUUGGUUUUACCGAA